GCUGUCAAUGAUCAUCAUGCGUUAUCGCGGGAAAAGUUGCUGACAGCGACGUUUUGCUGGUUCUCCAAUGGGAUCUGUUGCACCGCAACUCCAAUUAGAGGAUUAACUCUGGCCGGUAAAAAAAAGAGGAAAACUCAAAGGUCUGCGUUUCUGCAGUCCGGGACGCCUCUGCAGACCUGCGGCAGGGAGAGAUGACGGGUGCCCGGGUGGUCGUGGUGGGCGCCGGGGUGGUCGGGCUCUCCACCGCCGUCUGCGUCGCGGAGUCGCUGCCUCUCUGCUCCGUCACGCUGCUGGCGGAGACGUUCAGCCCGGACACCACCAGCGACGGAGCCGCCGGGAUCGCGUUCGCCGCUCCGUUUCCAGAUAUCCCUCUGGAAAGACAACGCCGCUGGUUCAAGAACAGCUUUGAUCACCUGCUGGCUAUUGCGCAAUCUCAGGACUCUCCAGAUGCCGGCGUAAUACUCAGCUCUGGCUGGCAGAUUUUUAAGGAGGUCCCAGCCACCCAGGAGCCAUACUGGUCCGACUUGGUGAUUGGCUUCAGAGCCAUGACCGACCGAGAACUGGAACGUUUUCCAGACCACAAGUUCGGACAGGCGUUCACUACUGUAAAAUGUGAAUGCUCCAGCUACCUUCCUUGGCUUGAGGAAAGGUUUAGAAAAGCAGGAGGCCGGGUGGAGCAGAGGAGAGUCAGCAGUCUCCAGGAGUUGGGCGACGGUUUUGACCUCAUCGUCAACUGCUCCGGUCUCGACUCCAAAGCGCUGGUGGGAGACGCCGGGGUGUUCCCAGUCCGGGGCCAGGUCCUCAAGGUGGAGGCCCCCUGGUUGACGCACUUCAUCAGGGACGGGGACGGGAAGACCUACAUCUACCCCGGCGUCCACAGCGUCACCAUAGGCGGGACGAGGCAGGAGGGAGACUGGCGCCUCCAUGUGGACGACGGAGACACCUCCAGCAUCCUGGAGCGCUGCGGCAGGCUGGAGCCGUCCCUGAAGAAAGCGAAGGUUCUGGGCGAGUGGGUCGGGUUGAGGCCGAGCAGGAGGAACCCCAGGGUGGAGAGAGAGAGGGUGCUCCUGCAGGGCCGCGGCGUGCCGGUCGUUCACAACUACGGCCACGGAGGCUGGGGGGUCACCAUCGCCUGGGGGACGGCUUUGGAGGCCCUGGGGCUGGUCAGACAGUGCCUGAAAGAAAUGCCUCAGGCUAAGCUGUAGGCUAAACUAGUAUGGCACGAAAACACAUCUUUACUAGAGACAGAAUAUCCUGGCAUCAUGUUCAUCAUCACAGAAUAUCCCCAUACAUAAAAAAAAGAAAUCAGAAAUAUUUCCAUUUGCAAAGAAGCGUAGCAGCACCACCCGCCUCUUGUUAAUAGCUCACUAACCAACUUUUUAAAAAAGUAUAAAGUGGAGAACAGCAAACUGGUGUAACAUUCUGUGCAAUAUAACAACCGAGAAAUACUUUUUCCUUCCACUAAACUAUCACUGACUUUUUGCCAAACUGUCCACUCGCUUUAAUUAUGUGGGCCUUUAUGUCACAUUAUUAUUGUAUUAAAACAUCUUUUUUUUGUGAUUUUAUGUAAGAUUCUAAUAAAAAAAAUAUAAAAAUGAAGUGAAAUUAAUACUUGAAACAUCUGCAAUGAAUAUGUGCCAUUUAUGAGUUUAACUUUUUUGAUAAUGUACUAAUUUACAGGGAAAUCAAAAUAAUAAUUACUUGGAUAACUUUGUUAGAUAAUUUGUUUGUUAAAUUAUUUUUGCUUCUCUGUUUCCAAUAAAAGAUUUAGACUCUUA